AUGGCGGACCUCACAACGAGCCUGGCUGCCCGGUCACUGCCCAAGAUCGAGACGAUACAGAACGGACCAAUAUCGGGUCUCCAGUCAUAUGGAUCGCUACUACUCGUCUCCAGCGUCAUCGUCAUUGUUCUGAUUGCCAACAUCCUCGAGCGAUGGCUGCUGGAAAGAGUGUACGGCGAGGUAUACGCAGUCUUGAUGCGUCCCGAGAACGAAAAGCGACGGCGAUCCUUCACCUACUACCACAUUGGCGCCAUCAUCAUGCUCACCCUCUUGUGCAUCGGUGUUUACCCUGUGAUGCACUUUCUCAUCGGAUCCGCCGACUUAUCAACGGACGUGGUUCCAGGACCGGGGAGGCGUAUCAGAGUCGGCGAUCUGUUGUUCACGGUUUCGCAGACGUACAGCGCCUACUACGUCUUUGAGCUCUGCUACCGCACGCAAUUUGCGAGUCCUCUCAGUAUCGCGCAUCACAUUGGACUUUUGGCCAUCACGCAGACCGCCCUCUCCCUCUUUGGAAACACCGAGAGACACCCCGAAGCAACGAUCGAGUUCUACAUGUGCAUGGUAUGGGGCGCUUUCGACGUUGUAGUAGAACUGCCCAUCUAUCUUUCCAUGAUCAUCUGGCGACUCAAGCGCGGCGACCAUCGUUUGUUGUCCUACAUUGCCUCCGCCUGCACCGUGUGGGUUCUCGUUGGCGCUAUCUCAGAGACCGCGGUUACGAUCUACCUCUUGCACAGGUCUUGGAACCGCUGGGGUCGUGUAUGGAGAGUGGUCACUCCGGUCAUCUUCUCGCUGUGGAUAACAACUCAGCUCUACGGUGCCUCGAGGCUUUUUGCUAUGGCUCGGUCGGAGAAAUGGAAGGCCAGCAAGCGAUCACCAGAACAAGGUGCUGUGGAGCCCAUCGCCGAGCGACCAGGGACGAUGGAGGAUGGAGAAAUCCCCGGCCAAGAAGAAUCCAAGAGCAAAGCGGUGUAA